ACUGUGUAAACUGUGUAAUACAACAUAGUUCGAAUUUCCUUGAGAGGUGAAGUCAUGCCUUUCCCACUUAUAAAACUGGUUUAUUUAUUUGCUAAGCAAGUUAGUAAACCUGUAGCGGCUAGAAUAACAAACUAUAUGAAAGAAAAGGAAUUCAUACGGAGAUACUUAAUGAUUCCAUUGGCGCAAGCUUACCACAGAUCAGAAUCCAACCUGAAAUUGAUGCUGCUGUAUAACCAAGGCCACAAAGUAAAAGUGAAUCCUCUGAGUGACGAGGCAGCUUUAACGCUAGCCUCAGACAUGAUGAAUGAUAUUUUAAUUUUCACAAUCGCUUUCAUCAUACUCUACCAAGAAUACAUGAGAAGUACCAAGAGCAGUGCGGCAGAGAAACUUCAGAAGGAGAAUGAAAUUCUCAGCAUUAACAAUCAGUUAGAUGACUUGGUUAUGAUAACGGAGAGACAUGACACUCAGUUACGAGAGGCAGAGCGGGAGCGAGGUCAUCUUCUGACCUUGGUCAGUGAUUUGAAGACUUGGUCCACGCCGUGCACGAAAUUAAUCUCCGAACACCAAGAGUCUCACAUAAAGGAAGCGUUCAGACAAAUCCGAAAAUUACAAACUGUGCAGCUAACAGUGCACAAAAAUUCUAAAACGGAGCAUAUUGAUAUUGCUUUAGCCAAGCAAUAAAUCAAAUUAAAGUGCUGAUUUUAUAUCAACAGCCAAAAACAAACUACCUUUUCACUUUCUGUAGAAUAUUCUGAUUUAACCUGUGAGUGUUCAUUUAACCAGCGAGUGUUGUACCAAAGUAGAGAAAUACCAGUGCUUCACCUGUAAUUACCUGUGCUCAUUGUUUUGUAAAUGUGGAACAUGUUUAGAAAGUUUAACUAGUGUAACUGAAGCUGUUUCUUCCUGUCAUAUCAUUGUCUGUGUAUGUUGUGUUUUAGAAUUUUAUAUGCUUACAGGUUUUGAAUUGAUAUGUAGAACAUAUUUGAGAAUGUUUGAGUUUAUUAAUGCUGAAUAUGAUAAUAUUAAAUAUUUUAUUUCAUAAUAAAAGCAUAAACUGCAGCACAUUAUUAUAUAUGCUGGUGUUUGUAAAGGGAACAGGAAAUCAUGGAGAUGAAAAUGUUCACUUGAAAUAAGCCUAUUCAUAUUAGAUAUAUACAGUACAUUCUAUACAUUUCUCAUGGAGUAGGCAUUUUGUCAAAAUGAAAUGGUCUUUUUUCCCACAAAGUCAUUUUCAUAUCGGGAACAUAACUUUAAAAUGGUUUUCAUAUCAUUAUUUAAAAUUUCUUAUGAUUGUCAUUCUUUGCAUUUUAAAAAUGCAUGUCCCGUGUCGCGGCAGGUAUUGGCAUGAUAAAGAACCCUUACUGCUACUGCCCUGAGCGCCAAGCAUAGGUCUAAAUUUGUAGUACUUCACCUCUCAAUAUUAGUGAAAAAUCCUCGAUGGGACGUGAAAUAGAAACAAUCAUCUAACUCAGUUUACACAACUUUACAAAGUUUUCAUUGAUGCUUGUAGAAUUUCAUCUUGAAGUAGCGUGGAGUUGUUAUUGAUUUUUUUUUUUACAAAACAAUAUGUAAACGUAUAAUUCAUGGCAGGUAUACACGAAUCUUUUUUGGGGCAGGGGAAUUGUGAAAAUGUAACCUCCACUAGCUUGCCUGACCAGUGUGUGUAAAUUGUGAGGUAGGUGAGUGGUGACUAGAAUAUAGUGUAUGUGGUAUUCUGCAGUAGCCAUUUUCUAUAUUGUAUCAACUUAUAGAGGCAUCGGUUGCUGAACUCCCUACAGGUAGUUAACCAUGUUCUGUAAAUCUUUGUACACUUCACAUCAAGGAAUUUGAAUGUACUUUUUCAUUAUAUAAGCUAACUCCAGAAAUAACUCAAUUGUGCUUUACUGAAAGAUUUCCUAGAAAAAUUAAUUGUGCUCUUUUCUUUAUUGAGAGUUAUAUGUCCUUGGAUUGUGCUCUCUUUCAAACUUAUUUUUGAAAUUUGUUAUUUAGUUACUUGCUUUUUCAUUGGUUUAUUUUAAUACAAUGCAACAUCAGUAUAAAAAAUUUGCUGUUUUAUUCAUAUAAAGGUUUUUACUUUUAAUAUAAAGAGAAUUGCACAAUUCCAAGUUUGUAAUAUGGUAUUUUAUGCAAAGCAAAUUGUUAUUUAUACUUCAAAGGAUAAAUUUUUCUAGUUAUUUGAAUAGCUUUUCAGAUUUAUAUACAGAUGGCCCUUAAGCACAACUAUUUGUUUGUAACAGGAAAGUAGAAAAUCUUGGAUUGGAUUAGUUUGUAAUGGAAAAAUGUGUGUAUAAUGCCUGGAGUGCAACUGUAUAAUUGUAAUAUCACAUAUUCAAAUACCACUUGUAAAUGAUUUGAGUGAAAUAAAUGAACUUGCACUUGAA